AUGGACUACAUCAGGCGCAAGAAGCUCGGCGAAGCAGAUUGGGACUUCGUUGACCAAUUCUGGGACCAGAAGCUCGAUCACCUGGAUUCUGACCAAGACGAGGUCGACAUAACCAGGAUCGUUGAUUUCGAGAAGGCUCCUUGGAAACAGCUACUAGAAUCAGCGGGUGGUGAUCGAACCUAUCUCCAGAUUGCUUUCGACUUCGAAAACCUGUUCCUGUAUGCGCGGAAAACAAUGGGUCGCUAUCACUUCUUUGGCGACAAGUAUGAUGUGCCGAUGAGUAAGGAUGUCCUCGAAUGCCGGACCCCAGCCGAGGUCAACAAGCUCAAGACUCAACGCCCAUACUCCAGUGACGUUGUGGAGAUACACGAGUGGUCGGCUAAAAGCCGGGAACGAGACUUCUUCCGCACGUCACAAGGCUUCUUCGGCCUGGGUCCCGCGACUCUCGAGGUUGGUGACCACAUCGUUGUACCAUUCGGCUCCAGUCGCCCACUCAUCCUCCGAGAGAUUUCACCGAACGAGCACGGUCUUCGCUAUCAGCUGGUCGGUGAUGCGGUUAUAUGGGCUGUAAUGGAGGGACAGUGGCACAAACAGCGCACCGCCAAAUAUUUUGACAUUGUGUGA